GACCAAAGCUAGCAGGGAUCUGUAUCUCGACCAGGCCAGGCUCAGCUCCUCUGCGACAAUGGCCGUUCCUCCGUCGCCCACACUGAGCGCGCGAACGACAGCAACGACGCUGGGCAUGGCGGGCUCCAAGCUGCUUCCAGCUCAGCUCGUCACCCGAUCGGACCUGCGUGCCUCGCUCGGCGCCCUUGAGUCGCUCCUCACCGCGUCGAAAGCCUACACGUCUGCGCUUUUGGCUCUUGGAUCCGCCUCGUCGGAGCUCGGCGUGGCUCUGGAAGCAUGCAGCCGGACCAAAGGCGCCCAUCAAGUCGGAUCGGGCCUGCUCGCCUCGAGCGGUAUCCACUUUAUGGCCUCGAACUCGCUCUCUAUUCUUGCCGACGCCUGGUGGAAGGAGACGGCGAUCCCGCUCCUGGAGCAUCACGACCUCUACGCACAGGCGUGCGCGGACCGAGCCGCGCAGCACGAAAAGGCGCUUGCGACCAAGUCGAGGGAGCUCAACGAGGCUGAAGCGAGGAACCGGAAAGAGGCCAAAAGCAAGCACGGCAGGGACCUCAGCUCGUUCAGGAGGGCCCUCGCCGAGCUGCAAAAGAGGGUCGACGAGCUUGACGAAGAAAAGGCAAGAUACUACAACGAUGUCCUAGAGGGCGAAGAAGAGUGCUGGACCUUUGUUCAGGAGAAGAUGGUGGCCUCAUUACGGAGUCAGCUUGACGUGUACGAGCGCAUCUCGUCCAAGGGCCUUACCGAUCCCACCCUUGAGCCGCUUCUCUCAGCAAUUGCUGAUCCCUUCAGCGCAUACGGGCCUCCUCGGUCUGAAGAUCAAAUUUACAGCAUCCUCGGAGGUCAGCAGAGCCUCGUAGGAACCCCUGGAAUUGAGGGGCUUGCUGCCGCUCAGGGUCAUUUUGACGAUCAGGGCCACAUUUCUGAUCCAUCGGGAGGCGCUGCCACCUCUUCCUCUGCGGGUCGUCUAAUCAUGAGCCCAAGCACGCCGAGCAAAGGCCUUUCGAGGAGCGGCGCUGUCAGUCCACCCUCGGAAGGAUCGGCUGCCGUCGUGGGGCCAAACAAUGGUCUUGGCAUCUCCUUGGCUGCCGCCGCUACUCUUGCUCGGGCGAGCAUCGGUGGUGGCGGAGGUGCAGGCUCGGGUGCAGGCGAGGCAAGCACGACGGUCUCGGCCGUCGCAGGGUCUGGCACGACGACGACGAAGCCACCUAACGAAAACAGCGACGAUCUCGACCUCUUUGGUAAAGAGGGCGACGAAGAGGAGGAGGGCAGUAUCUUCAGCGGGGCAGAAGAGGACGAAGAAAACAACGAGGGCGUCUUGUCACCAUCGCAGUCCAAGCUUAAAGCAGCAAAGCGGCGAGAGCGAGCGAUGCGGACAUCGGCGGCACGGAGGCUAAAGCACGCGCUCAGCAUCAUCGACGAGGGCAAGACCAACAGGCAGGAGCCGGGCGAUGCUGUGCAAGAGGCCGAGACCAAGUCCGGUGAUGGGCAAGCCUUGGCAAAGGCGGCACCAUUGACGGAAGAUGCCAACGAUGCCGAUGCAGAAGCAGAGCAGGAGCAAGACACAAGCGGCGACGAGCGCCGCAAAGUCGGCCAGGGAGGUGACAGUGCUGCACCAGCACCUGCGGCUACGGCAGAUGGAGUAGCAAGGGGAUGACUUUUUGCUUCUUCGAAUGAGGACGGACACUCUGCUUGUUGAUGGAUUCCUCAUGUAACAUUAAACCUCUAUCUAUUAUACCUGUACAAGUGGAACAGCUGGAU